GGUGCAAAUGAAAAGUUGGAAGGGAGUGUUUCUUUCGUUCCUACUCCAAUUUGCUGGUGAUGUCACAUAAGGGUGAAAGGGAAACGACUAUUGAUAUCCGAUAAAUGUGAGAGGGAACUUACGGCGUCAAGAGAAAAUGGGGUUAUUCGAUCGUUUAGCGAAUCUCUUAGGUCUUAGGAAAAAAGAAGUAAACGUUUUAGUAGUGGGUCUUAAUAACAGUGGUAAGUCGACGGUCAUAAAUGAUUUCAAACGCGAGGAUGACCAUUGCAUAGACAUAGUGCCCACUGUCGGGUUUAAUGUCGAAAAAUUCACAUUUAAGAAUGUCAGUUUCACCGCAUUCGAUAUGUCGGGUCACGAUCGUCAUAGAUCGUUAUGGGAGCAUUAUUACAAAGAUUGCCAUGGGAUCAUCUUUAUAAUUGACAGCAGUGAUAAACUGCGACUGGUUGUCGUCAAAGAAGAACUCGAUAUGCUACUGCAGCAUCCCGACGUGGCAGGUCGCAAAAUACCCAUUCUUUUUUUGGCGAACAAAAUGGACCUGCCCGAUUCUCUGACUACCGUAAAAUUAGUUGCCGGAUUAGGACUUGAACGGAUACAAAAUAAACCCUGGCACAUACGAGCGACGAACGCGUUAACAGGCGAAGGCCUGCAACCGGCGAUUGAAUGGCUAACGGAUCAAAUUCGCGAUAUAUUCAUCAACAAGAGAUAAAAUGCGCGUUGUACAUUGCAAUGAGAUACGACUGGCUCGACGAAGUCUAUUAUGUUACGAAUGGAAUGGAGCUAAUCGAUGCGCAGUGAUUUAUGCUGUUAUUUGUAUGUCAAUUACAAUAAUUACAUUGGUGUUUCUCACUGGUGAUAUUCUUCCGAGAUGCGAUUCUGCAUCGCGAAAGUAAAGAUCCAAAGUAAAAUUAUCAUCAUUGCAAGAAUCGUUUUACACUGAGAGAUGUUUAAUUCCAUGUAAUUAGCGCAGAAGAGCGUGCAGUCGAGAAUUUUGCAAUUUUUAUGAAAUUUAAUGAAAUUGCAAGAAUCUCGUGGCCAGAUUUUAUUGAGAAACGUCGCUGCUCAAUGCAAUUCCGUCCAGAAGAAAUGCGUAGAGAUGUUGAAAUGUGUAUGUAAUAUAAAAUAUAUUCGUAAGAGAUGGCUGAUCAACGUAAUUAAGAUGUGACUACUAAUAAUUUUCGAAAUAUGUAUUAGUUUACUAAUUAGUGCGCUUUGCAUAGACUUAUUACUUUACUAUAAUACUUAAAAUAAAUACUGGUUAAAGAA